AUGCUCGCGCAGGAGGAGGCGCGGCGCCUGGGACACAAUUUCGUGGGCACGGAGCAGAUUCUCCUGGGGCUCAUCGGCGAGGGCACGGGCAUCGCCGCCAAGGUGCUCAAGUCGCUGGGCGUCAAUCUCAAGGAGGCGCGCGUCGAGGUCGAGAAGAUUAUUGGUCGCGGCUCGGGCUUCGUGGCCGUUGAGAUCCCGUUCACGCCGCGCGCGAAGCGCGUGCUGGAGCUGUCGCUGGAGGAGGCGCGCCAACUCGGGCAUAACUACAUCGGCACGGAGCAUCUGCUGCUGGGCCUGCUCCGCGAGGGCGAGGGCGUGUCUGCGCGCGUGCUCGAGAAUCUCGGCGCCGACCCCGGGAACAUCCGCUCGCAGGUGAUCCGCAUGGUGGGUGAGAGCGCGGAGGCGGUGGGCGCGGGCGUGGGCGGCGGCAGCAGCGGCAAUUCCAAGAUGCCCACUCUCGAGGAGUACGGCACCAACCUCACCAAGCUCGCUGAGGAGGGCAAGCUAGACCCAGUGGUGGGGCGUAUAGCGCAGAUCGAGCGGGUGACCCAGAUCCUGGGUCGGCGCACCAAGAACAACCCCUGCCUCAUCGGCGAGCCUGGUGUGGGCAAGACCGCCAUUGCUGAGGGCCUUGCACAGAGGAUUGCUUCUGGAGACGUGCCUGAGACGCUGGAGGGGAAGAAGGUUGUCACCUUAGACAUGGGUCUCCUGGUGGCAGGGACCAAGUAUCGGGGUGAAUUCGAGGAGCGACUCAAGAAGCUGAUGGACGAGAUCAAGCAGGCGGACGACAUCAUCCUCUUCAUUGACGAAGUGCACACGCUCAUCGGCGCGGGCGCGGCCGAGGGCGCGAUCGACGCGGCCAACAUCUUAAAGCCCGCCAUGGCGCGCGGGGAGCUGCAGUGCAUCGGCGCGACCACGAUCGACGAGUACAGGAAGCACAUAGAGAAGGACCCGGCGCUCGAGAGGCGGUUCCAGCCGGUGCAGGUGCCGGAGCCAUCGGUUGAUGAGACGAUUCUCAUUCUCAAGGGGCUGAGGGAGUGA